GGAGGAGGAGGAGGAGGACGCCAGCAGAGGCUGCAGAGAUGCUAACAGCACCGACACACAAACACACACACUGACAGCAGCUAACUGCAGCUAACUGCAGCUAACUGCUAACACAGACAGAGAGACAGAGAGACAGACAGGGAGCCAGACAGACAGAGAGAAAGACAGACAGACAGACAGACAGAGAGACAGACAGAAAGACCGGUGGAGGGGAGCUGAUGCUGGCAGCAAACACUCACAGUGAGCUGCAGUGAAGCUAGCUACUGAGCAUGUUAAACUACUGACACACAUACACAGACACACUCAGCAAUGCAGUGUCCGAGGCUUUCUAUUGGACGGUCCAGAUGUAGUCCAACUUCAGGUUGAGGGGCAGCUUAUUGGGGGGGCGGAGCCUGCAGCUGGCGGUGAUGUCAAAGAGAGGAGCAGCCUGGAGAGGCAAGGGGGAGCGACCUGACGCCAUGGCAACGCUUCAAGCAGCCAAUGAAGAGCUGAGAGCAAAACUGACUGACAUCCAGAUAGAACUACAACAUGAGAAGAACAAGGUCAGUCGUCUGGAGAGAGAGAAGAGUCAGGAGGUGAAGGCGGAGCAUCACCGGGCGACAGUCGCCGUGACGGAGCUGAAGACCAAACUCCACGAGGAGAAGCAAAAGGAGCUGGCCGUUACCAGGGAGACGUUACUACGGCAACACGAGAUGGAGCUAAUGAGAGUCAUCAAGAUCAAAGACGGAGAGAUUCAGCGUCUAAACGGACUGGUGCUAACGCUGAGGGACGGAUCCACAGACAAGGUGCGGAGCGCCCUGCUGGCGGAGGGGGAGGAGGCCAGGAGGAGCUGGGAGGCAGAGCGUUGCCGCCUCCAGCAGGAGGCCCAUGAACUGCGAGGAGCGAGGAGAACAGCUGAGGAGGCUCUGGCGUCGGCUCAGCAGGCCUGCCAGGCCCGAGCAGCUGAGCUGCGAUCUGCUCAUCACCAGCACCAGGAAGAGCUGAACCGCACCAAGAGAGACUGUGAGAGGGAGAUCCGCCGGCUGAUGGAUGAGAUAAAGCUGAAGGACCGAGCGGUCAGUGUUUUGGAUAAAGCCCUGGGGCUGCAGGCGGGACACGCCCACCGCCUCCAGCUGCAGACUCAGGCUGCCGAGCAGCAAAUCGCAGCCCUGAGAGACGCACAGAGGGCAGGACUAAACCUCCCUGGCCACGCCCCUAACUCCGCCCCUAACACUGCUCCUCACACUUCUCAGGACGACAGGGACACUCGCAGGUUUCAGCUAAAGAUCGCUGAGCUCAGCGCCGUCGUCCGGAAGUUGGAGGAUCGAAACGCUCUGCUGUCUGAAGAACGCAACGAACUGCUGAAGCGUCUGAGAGAGACGGAGAGUCAGUUUCUUCCUCUUCUGGACAAAAACAAACGUCUGAGCAGGAAGAACGAGGAGUUGGCUCUCACGCUACGUCGACUUGACAACAAGCUUCGCUUCGUCACCCAGGAGAACAUGGAGAUGGUAACUAUGAGGAGGCCGAGUUCUCUCAACGACCUGGACCGGAGCCACUCCACCAGUUACCAUGGUUACAGCCAAGAUGAGAGAGAGAUGGAGUUUCUACGGUUACAAGUUCUGGAGCAACAGCACAUCAUCGAUGACCUGUCCAAGGCUCUGGAGACGGCUGGUUAUGUAAAGAACGUUAUAGAGAAAGACAUGUUGCUGAGAUACAGACGCCAGGAAUCAGUCCGGAGGAAACGGACCUUCAGAGCCUGCAGGGUUAUAGAGACAUUCUACGGUUAUGAUGAAGAGGCGUCAGUGGACUCUGAUGGAUCGUCUUUGUCAUUUCACACUGACAGAACUCCAGAUACAGAACCAGACGAGGUGUGUGUGCGUGAGGAAGCAGAGUUUCGUUACCGUCAGCUGACUCAGGAGUACCAGGCGCUGCAGCGAGCGUACGCUCUGCUAACGGAGACGAGUGGAGGAAACUAUGACCCCGAGAAGGAGAUCAAGACCAGAGAGCAGCUGCUGACUGAAAUCAGUCAAUAUCAAACCAGAGUUACAGAUCUGGAGUCAGCACUGAAACAACAAGGACUGGAUGUGAAGUGGGUGGAGGAGAAGCAGGCUCUGUAUCAGAGGAACCAGCAGCUGGUGGAAAAGGUGAAGCAGAUGGAAGGAGAAGAGCUGCAGCUGGAGAAUGAAAUCCAGGACGCCAGAGAUCAGAACGAGCUGCUGGAGUUUCGGAUCUUAGAGCUGGAGGAGAGGGAGCGACGCUCACCUGCCAUUAACUUCCAACCACUCCAUUUCCCAGAAGGCCUCAGUCCUUUGCAGCUCUACUGCGAGGCAGAGGGAGUCGCUGACGUUGUGAUCAGUGAGUUGAUGAAGAAGCUGGACAUUCUGGGAGAUAACGCCGUAAGUAAUCUGUCCAAUGAGGAGCAGGUGGUGGUGAUCCAGGCCAGAACAGUGCUCACUUUGGCCGAGAAGUGGUUGGAGUCCAUCGAAGUGACGAAGUCGGCCCUGCAGCAGAAGAUGUUGGACAUUGAGAGUGAGAAGGAUCUGUUCAGUAAACAGAAGGGUUACCUGGAUGAAGAGUUGGAUUACAGAAAGCAGUCGAUGGAUCAGGCUCAUAAGAGGAUCCUAGAGCUGGAGGCCAUGUUGUUUGAGGCUCUGGAGCAGGAGGAGCACUUCAGGAUGGACGGAUUCAAGAUGGAGGCUGGUCUGUCUGAAACCCUGACGGAGGAAGAGAGGGAGGGGCUUAGGAGAGCAAUGGACCAAUGGAAACGCUCUGUGAUGUGUGAGCUGAGAGAGAGAGAUGCCCAGAUCCUCCGAGAGAGGAUGGAACUGCUGCAACUCACACAGCAGAGAAACAAAGAGUUGGAGGAAUUUAUAGAAGCACAGAAGCGACAGAUUAAAGAGCUGGAGGAGAAGUUUCUAUUUUUGUUUCUGUUCUUUUCUUUGGCCUUCAUUCUCUGGUCCUAACAGCAGCUGUGUCUGCAUCCCCCAGACCAAACAGCUGAUCACUCAGCCGGUUUCAGACCAAACAACAGAAGAGAGUUCAGAAGGAUUCAGGAGGAUUUAGGGUUUGAACCAGCAGCUCACUGACUGUCAGGCACUCUCCCUCCAGCUGCCAGCAGAGCUCUCCCGGCUGCCAGCUGUCACAUUCACACCUCACAGAUGAACAUUGUGUUUUAGACCAGAGAAAAACACAACCGGCAGGAUGCUAACUGGCUUCCUGUUAGCUUCUGCUGACCAGGAAGUUCCAGUUUAGACACCUGACAUACUGUUUUCACCUGGGAGCAACACGGUAAACUGUUUUUAAUCUACGCACUCUUCUUAAGGACAAAAUGGACAAACUGAUGGAGUACCUAAAGAAUACUGGAUUGUAUGAGAGGAUUUAGAGAAUUGACAUUAGCAAAGAUGUGAACAGCAACCAGUGGGGGCAGAAAUACGCCGUCUAGUCUGCGUUUAUGUGCCAAAUAAAAGACAAAGACAUUCUGGCCUCAGGGGGCACACUGGACCAAAGUGGUGCUGAAUGUAAUACAGUGUUAUCUAAAGGAUUCUCAGCCUAAUCUUGGUGGGAAUUUUAUGAAUCCAUGAGUUUUGAUGCUCACAUAUAGCCUGGGUAAACCCUGAAGAACUUCCAUCAAAUUUGAGAUUUGCUCUGCAAGUUAGUCUGGAGAAGAGCCCAUUCAAACCCAUUUCCAAUGUCCCUAAAAUCGAGGCACCAAUCACAACCGUUGAGGCGGGCUCUACACCAAUCACAACCGCUGAGGUGGACUUUGCGACGACGAUAGCUCAGCGACAGCGAGCAGCUUUUUGUUUACAUUCAACAUGACGGCUACCGAAGUGCAGUGUU